CGCCGGUACGCAGCCCGCGGCUGAGGACGGCGGUGGAAGGUCACGUGGUGUAUCGCCUGGGGCAUCGGUGGUGACCGGUGGAUCGUGACACCGCGUCACCGUGGCACGGAGGCUGGUCUCUAUUUUUGGAGAGUUUAUUGAAGGCCGGAGGCUCCAAGACACCUCAAGUCCAAGACAACUAAUGCGAAUAUGACGAAUCAACAAGAGGGAGCAACUCUCGGCCUGCCUUCGAAGCGAGAGGAGAUGGCAGGCGCUCAGACGGGACGCCAAAACUGCGCUGGCUGCGGCAAACCCAUCAGCGACAGGUAUAUGCUGCGCGCGCUGGACCUCCUCUGGCACGAGGACUGUUUGAAGUGCGGCUGCUGCGACUGCCGACUGGGGGAGGUCGGCUCGUCGCUCUACACAAAGGCCAACCUGAUACUCUGCAAACGCGACUACCUCAG